GUUACGGAAGAAGUGAAGAUAUCCAGCUUGAAUGAAAGUUCAAAGUCCCAAGAUUAUGUAAUGUCCAAUCAGAAUUUUGAAAAUAAGGAAAUUGAUCAUGUAACAGGUAAACUAAGUGAUCUUGAAGUUAUUGGUUCAAAUAUUUCCCAUGAUCAUACUGACCCAGAACAUACGUUAUGUCAAGUACCAUCAAAUCCAGAAUCUAGAAUUACUGAAGAAGAUACUCUUUGCAAGUCUAACCAAAAACAAAGUUCAACAUCAUCUGAAAGUAAGGGUUUGGACUGUGUUGUUAAUGGUGAAAAUAAAUCUGCGACUGAAGCUGAAAACAAAAGUACAAAUCCUAAAGAAGGAUCAGAAUGUACAAAAUCUAAAAAAAAACACAAAUCCAAUGACAACAACAAAGGAAACAUCGAGACACAGAUACUCACCAGAUCAGCAGCAUCCACUUCCUCGGAUAAGGAAUCUGAAAAUACAAAAAGCAACACAAAUAAUCAAAGCAAGAAAAAUCCUGAAAGCAAGAUUUCAAGCCUUGAUAAUCCAGAUGAAAGCAUUUCCAAAGAGGAGCAAAAUAAGGAUUCAAAAAGUACAAAGACUGAUCAAGCUGAUGAGAAGGUUCACAGUAAAACGCAAAAAAAAUAAAAAUGAGGCUCAACAAGAUACCAUCAAAAAAAAUUUGAACAGAUCUAAAAACAAAAAUGAUACCCAACAAGAUACCAACAAAGAAAAUUUGAGCAAAUCUGAAAAUAAAAAUGAGGCCCAACAAGAUACCAACAAAGAAAAUUUGAGCAAAUCUGAAAAUAAAAAUGAUGCCCAACAAGAUACCAACAAAGAAAAUUUGAGCAAAUCUGAAAAUAAAAAUGAGGCCCAACAAGAUACCAACAAAGAAAAUUUGAGCAAAUCUGAAAAUAAAAAUGAUGCCCAACAAGAUACCAACAAAGAAAAUUUGAGCAAAUCUGAAAAUAAAAAUGAGGCCCAACAAGAUACAAAGAAAGAAAAUGUAAACAAGUCUAAAAACAAAAAUGAUGCCCAGCAACAAAAUACAAAGAAAGAAAAUUUGAGCAAAUCUAAAAAUAAAAAUGAGGCCCAACAAGAUACCAACAAAGAAAAUGUGAACAAGUCUAAAAACAAAAAUGCAGCCCAACAACAAGAUAGUAACAAAGAUAAUUUAAACAAAUCUAAAAACAAUGUCAAACAAUAUAAAGGUUCUAAAAACAAGGGACCGAAUAACAAAAAGAAUAUGAGCCAAUUAGAGUCAGAAAAUGAGGACCAAGCUAACCAUAAUAAACAAGUAGAGGAAACAUCUCAAACCACUUCAAGUGAGAAAGUUACAGAAAAAGAACAAAUGGAACCUGUUCACAAGACAAGGCCAAUUAUUUUAACAGACGCCAUCACUGUGUAUUUUCAUGUAAUUGUUUUAAAGGAUUUCUGUCUCAACACUGAUAAAGAUGAAGUUAUAGUGAGGGCAGGUGGAAUGAGAGAGUAUAGAGCCUGGCGAGAUGUUGUCUGCCACAUGCAUUUCACAAGGAGCCUUGAAGAACAUGGGUGGCUAUAUGAAGGGCAUACUGAAAUUUCUAAGGAUUAUCAAGAUAUAUCUAUCCCUUACAAAUAUGUGGUUGUGCGCAACAAGGAACAUGAUGAUUAUGAAUUUAUUUACAAAACUGAUGGACCAGAGGAGGGUAUUGUCAACCGUUGUCUGCACAUUCAAUCAAAAUUCAUCAAUGGCAGAGACUGGCAUCAGUAUGAUGAUAUCAUGUGUAUAAAUCAAAACAAUAACUUUUUCACCAAGAUAAAACAAUGGGUCAAGAAAAAUGUAUCGAGAAAUGACAUUUUGAAAGGGAAGAUGACAGCAGGAAGUAUCAUGCUGGACAGCAUAUUCAGCCUUCUCACCCCCUGUGACUCUGUUAACCUGUCAAAUUUUUUUUCUCAACUACAUCAGUUUUAUAUUGUGUCUUCUCAACAAUUAUUGUUUCAAAAUGUGCCAUUUGUUUCCAAAUCUCAUGGUUUUGGACAGCCUCAGGUGCAUGACUUAAUAUUGGACAUGAUGAAAAAAAUAUGCCAACCUUUCCUCGAGACAAAUUCAUCUUCAGUUGAUGCGAUCAUAAAAAAACGGCUGGCGGCAGGAUUGGUCUGUGUCAUACUUGCUGAAAAAUAUCCUCUUCUCAUAACCAAGGAUCACCUUGGAAAGAUUUGCAGUGUUUUGUGUCCGGAAAAGAAACACACAGAAGUCUUAAUUGAUGAAAUUAAUAACAUUAAGACAUUUUUUGCUGAAAUUAAAGGAAUGGAUGUGUACUUGAAAUUAUUGUGUAAAAGAUGCAUUGAUGAAGAUGUUAACCACUGGUUGUGGGUGCUACCGCUACUACAUGCAUUCUCUGCUUUGUCACAUUCUGAUAAUUCAUCAAAGGUAGAGAAACUCAAGCAAGAAGAUGAAUGGGCUGCACUGGAAGGACUUCCAUAUGAUAGCUUAAUAAACACUCCGAUUACCUACAAAAGGAAUGAGAUUCUUCAGUUUAUGAGUAGUAAGAAAUAUUUGCUGCAGAUAGACAAACUAUUGAUCCGAUCCUGGCUAUGUUUGGUUCCACUGGAGCACAUGUGUACACUUUUGGAGCAAAAUACUACCGGUAGUUUGAAUGUCAUUACAGCAAGCUGCUACAAAUUUCCAAAAGUCUCUUACAGCGAAAAUGAGAAAGCUGAAGAUAUUUUAAAAAAAAUAUUGCGCAUGAUACAAGAUUUAAAGGAGAGGCCAACUGAGUAUGUACAGUUGUGCAAUGCAAGUCUCCAUCUUCACAACACAGUCUGCACCAAUAAAAACAUUAGAACAUAUCAUAAUCUCCCAAUAUUGUCAGCGGAAAUCGUUCUUUUACUUCUAGGACUUUCAUGUUCACAGGAAUCAAGCAAUGCAAUGGAAUCCGAGAUGCCCAAUUUAGACAAUAUCUUAGACAAUGCAAUACGUUUGACCAAAGAAUGGUUUAGAGACAUAUCUCAACAAAGAUUCAAGCUUGGUUAUUGGCAUUCAUAUCCUAAGGAAUUGCAGGUGUGGAGUUCAAUAAUUGAGGCUGGGAAAAAUGUUUCUCCUAAGUGGAAAGAAUCAUUUCUGUCUGAUUUAUUAAACAAAAUAAAGCAGGAAGAUCCUAUAACGCAGAUUAAGAUUUAUUGUGAAAAUCAAACACAAUUUAGAAAUCUUCAUGAGUCCAUCGGUAAAUGCUUUGAAGAUUGUGCAGUUGAAGCUGUUCAUUUGGCAAGCCAGGCAAAAAGCAAUAUCCUGAGCCAACUAAGCAAAUACAAUUUAGGGGAUUUUGGUAGACUGGUGUCUACUGUUAUCAACAAUUCCUGGCCCAAGGAUGGACAUGGGAAUGCAGUUAAAGAACAUGACAUUAUUCUACAGCACUUACUACAGUGGAAUGGAGCCACACACAUAUUUAAAUUGUACGGAAUGGACAAAAAUAUAAUCUCUGAGUUUGAUGAAGGUAGUCAGGAACUGGUAGCUCUAUCGGACUCUCUGUUCCUGGAAGUUAGAAACAAACUCAUGAGUGGAGAUGUGCUGUAUAAACAUCUAGAAUGCAUCGUAGAAAACAAGACUCAAUUUUUGGCCAUUUGUAAAUUGAAAAUUGAAAAACAUGAAAACCUCUGUAUGUCUGAUGUGGAAGAAGUGUUGAAAUGGAGGACAGAAGAAUUAGAGUCAUUAAAGAGAGAGAGGCAAUUGAUGGACAGUCUUCUAAAGAUGUGCCAGACUGUGGAUGAAAUUAUCAGAGUAAAUAUCUCUAAAAUUCAGAAAAAGCAUUCUGAAAAGAUGGAACCAAAACAACUGAGUGAACUUUUGUCUGUAAAGAUAUUAGGUUCAUCUGAACUUCAGCCUGAUCAUGACAUGUCCUUCUUUAAACUCAGCCCCUCAUUAAUGAGCAUGGCUAAAGAUCUUCACAAUUACAGGAAUAGUCAUAUCUUCAAUAUCUGCUGGAAAAUGAAAGCUCAGAACCUUGCAGAGAAAGACGACGAGGAGUACGAUGAAGAGAGUGAGGAUUAUGUAGACAAUGAACUAUCCUUGGAAGAAAUGAAAGAAGAACUUUUCACUCCAUGUUUUGAAAUGUAUAAAAAGAUUUAUGAGGACAUUAAAUCUGGCACAGUAACAUUUGAUGUGGUUGACAACAUUUUGGUGGAUUUUAAAAACCGCUAUAAGGAAUUGCAUGAGGAAUGUAAAGUCAUGUGCCACUUACGACCAGUGGAUAAUGGCCAGUGGAUUAAAAAUCGUGUUGAGCAGAUUGAGCAGUAUCACCAACUUGGUGUUGCAUUUGAUUCAGCAGAAGUUAUAAAGGACUUAAAAAAAAGUUUUAAUCUCAAUGGAGAUUUCAAAACUCUUGAAACUCUACUGCAGUUUGCCGAUAACUUUAAUGAGCAGAAGCAGAAAAACUUGUCUUGUAUCAAUUUAGAAUUUAUGAAAACAAAACAGAUUUUGUCAGAACUAACAGAAGAACACAUUAAUUGCCUUCGUCAAAUUGUAGUAAACAUGGACUUUAUCAACUGGGUGAAAGAAGCACUGGAAGAUGUCAAUGAACUGAAAGUGUUUGUGGAUUUGGCCUCUAUCUCUGCUGGUGAGAAUGACAUGGACGUUGAUCGUGUUGCUUGCUUCCAUGAUGCGGUUCUUGGGUACUCCUCGUUAUUAUAUGACCUGAAACCGGAAUUUGGAUUUGAGGAUUUAAUGCAGUGUUUGCAAAAACUUUGGAAAACUUUAAAAAGUGAUAAGAAUCUGCCUAAAAAACUGAGGGACUCAGCUCGGCAUAUAGAGUGGUUAAAAACUGUAAAAGAAAGUCAUGGAUCUGUAGAACUCUCAUCCUUGUCCUUGGCAACAACAAUUAACAAGAAAGGGAUGUACGUAAUUCAAGCACCCAGCAACAACAGGAAGAUCACACCGGAUAGUGUUCUUCACCUGUAUCUUGAAGAUAACCUGGGUGUGGAGGACACUCGGUGCUAUAGUCUGGAAGAACUGAAAGAACUGUUAAACAAGUUGAUGCUUAUGUCUGGGAAAGGGGACCAAGGCAAUAUUGAAGUUGAAAAGUUUUCUGAGAUAUUUACCUAUGUUCAGAGACUUGCAAGAUGCUUUAUUGACCUCUACUUGGCUGGAAAUAUGUUAUUCAGAAAUUGGAAAACCAGGAUAUACUGUUCAGAUGGUAUCGAAUUUGGGAUUAUCAUGGACUUCAAUGUAAAAAGCAUUUGUGAGCUAGCAGGAAAAGACUCUGUUACCGAAUUGCUUCCAGAGAUCUGCAGAACAAUGGAGAAUAUGUUAGAGCAGUGGAUCAGCUUUAUGGAUAUGGAACGAUCCCAGCUUUACUAUUUAAACUACUACACUGCUGAACAGUUAGUAUAUCUUUGCCAGCAGUUCCAGAGGAUAGAUAUCAAUGAGAAAGCUCUUGUAAUGCUUUCUUUUAUCAAAUCGGAGUGCACAAAACAAGACCCAAUGAAGGCCUUAUUACCUUCUCAAAAAGUUGGUUUAAAAGGAUUCUCAAAACUGUCACCUGGUUCAGAUAAGACAAUGCUAAAUUUACAUCUGCAAAAUUGUACAGAUGUAUUAAAGAAGUUGGAAAUGGUGUGGGAAUAUUCCAUGAAAUAUAUAAGCUCUUUGUUUCCAGGCUGUCUGGACAUCAACAGGCUUGGCAAGAGCUUAAGAUUCUUGGCAGACACAGAAAAAAACAUCAUAAAUCGUACCCUCCAUCCUAGUCUGCUGCAAGGCCGUCCUAAUUUGAUUCUUUGUCCUAAUUCAGAAAUCCUUCCUUGUGCUAUCGCCAUAUACAUGUGCAAUUUAGAGCAGUCACUGCCAUCUUAUGAUGAAGUCUUGCUCUGUACACCAAACACUACUUUUGAAGAAGUUUCACUGUUUCUGAGAAGGUGCCUAACACCAGGCUAUUGUGGGAAAAGGGUCUAUAGCUUGCUUUAUGCAGAUGAACUUAGCUAUGAUAUAGGAUAUAAAUCUGAACAGUUAUUUCAGCAGUUGCAAGCAAAAAGUGAUCUUAACUAUAACCUUGUAGUUAUAUGCAACAGUGACAGAGAACAUUGUUAUAUCCCAUCUGUCUUUAGCCAAUACAAAGUACACGUUAUUCCUCAAAAACCACUUCAGGAGAUUCAGCAAUACUUGGAACGACAUUUCAGAAAUAAAGAACCAUCAGCUUUCGCUCCAGCUUUUAAGAACAACAUGAGUGUUGGGAUAGUUGCAUCCAAACGGGCAGGUGUUGGAAAAUCUCUUUAUGUGAAAAGACUUCAUCAAAAACUAAUGGCAAAAUUGCCAAGAGAAAAGCCUCUUCUCAAGACCAUCCGUUUGAUUAAGCCUCAGGUGGAUGAAAAAAAAGUUCUGCAAAUGCUUGUGCCAUUUUUUAGCAGUGAAUAUAAAAACAAACCUAUCAUAUUUCACAUUGACAUUACAUCAUCGGUAAUCGGUGGAAUUUCAGAAUUCCUCUUUAAGCUUCUGGUUCUGCAGUACUUAAUGGAUUCUGAGGGUAUAAUGUGGAAAAGACAACCUUGUCAUCUAUAUGUCAUAGAGAUCUUGGAAUCCUCCUGUGCAAUGCUGAAGAAGCCUACCAGAUCUGUUUCCCAUGUGACAAAUCGCAAUUUAAUGGACUUUUUUCCAAAAAUUUCAUGUUGUACCCCAAAAGAAGUUCUUGUGCGGUUGACAGAAAAUUCAACAACUGCAUAUUGUGGGGAUCCUGGAAUGGAUGAAGAAGAGUUCCGUAGUGAAUGCUUUCAGAGACCUUUUCAGUACUUAACUCGUUUUGAACAGAAACAAAAUCUUGAUACAUUUACCUAUGUAAAGGAAUCUGUAGAAGGACAUCCUGCUAGAUGUGUGCAGAUAUUACUUAUGUACUGUGGAAUUAUUGACCCCUCCUGGUCAGAGCUUAGGAAUUUUGCAUGGUUUUUAAAUCUUCAACUAAAGGACUGUGAAUCUUCUAUUUUCUGUGAUCACACCUUGGUUGGCGAUACACUGCUAGGCUUCAAAAACUUUGUAGUCAACUUCAUGAUAAUGAUGGCAAAAGAUUUUGCUACACCUUCUUUGCACAUUGCGGAUCAGAGUCCAGGCAGACAAACUUUUAAUUUUGAUGGAGUCAAAGAAGAAGAUCUGGCUCCUUUCCUUAUGCGUAAAAAGUGGGAGUCAGAGCCACACCCCUAUAUUUUCUUCAAUGAUGAUCAUGUGUCUUUGACAUUUAUUGGCUUCCAUCUGCGUCCUAACAACUCAGGAGGUGUAGAUGCUAUAAAUCCUAAGAAUGACAGUGUUAUCCAGAAAAAUAUAAUGAGUGUGCAGUUAUAUCAGGGCUUGCAGCUUCAACGUGUUCCUUUCAAUGUAGAUUUUGACCAGUUACCAAGAGAUGAAAAAAUAAGUAAAUUGUGCAUGGUCCUAGGGAUUCAGUGGCCAUUUGAUCCUGAUGACACUUAUGAGUUGACCAUGGACAACAUGUUGAAGAUCCUGGCCAUUAAGAUGCGGUUUCGCUGUGGGAUUCCUGUUAUCAUUAUGGGUGAAACCGGCUGUGGUAAAACAAGGCUUAUAAAAUAUCUUUGUAAAUUAUGCAAAGGAUUUGUUGACACAGAAAACUUGAAACUUGUAAAAGUUCAUGGAGGUACAAGCGCUGAAGCAAUUUACACCAAAAUUUUAGAGGCUCAAGACAUUGCACUUUACAAUAAAGAAAAUCAAUGUGAUACUGUGUUAUUUUUUGAUGAGGCAAACACCACUGAAGCUAUCAGUAGUAUUAAGGAAGCUCUGUGUGAUCGAACUGUGGAAGGAGAACCAUUGAUUAAAGACUCAGGCUUACAAAUUAUUGCUGCUUGUAAUCCUUACCGAAAGCACACUGAGGAAAUGAUCAAACGUUUGGAGUCAGCAGGUUUAGGUUAUAGAGUUAAGGCAGAAGAGACAAAGGAAAGGCUGGGCUCUAUUCCCUUAAGGCAAUUAGUAUAUCGUGUGCAUGCUUUGCCUCCCAGUAUGAUGCCUCUAGUGUGGGAUUUUGGGCAGCUAGAUAAUGAAACUGAAAAAAAAUACAUUCAACAAAUUGUUCAACGUUUGGCAAAUGAGGUUGGAUUAUCUAAUAGUGCUGUUGAGUUAUUAACUAAUGUGCUCUCAGCUUCCCAGAGUUACAUGAGGAAAAGAAAUGAUGAAUGCAGCUUUGUUAGCCUCAGAGAUGUAGAGCGUUGCAUAGAGGUCUUCAAAUGGUUUUAUAAUCAUAAUGAACAGUUGGUGAAAAACCUGAAAGAUAAAUACAGUUAUUACGCAAGAGACAAAUCAGUUUGGUCUCUCAUACUUGCUGUUGGUGUAUGUUACCAUGCAUCUUUAGAAAACAAAGAACCGUACAGAAAAAGCAUAUGUAAUUACUUCCCUGCACCAUACAAAGGAGAGCAGCACACUAUCCUGCAAGAAAUAACAAAAGUUCAAGAUCUGUUCCUAUCAGGUGUGAUCUUAAGAGAAACCAUAGCUAAAAAUCUUGCCUUGAAGGAAAACCUAUUUAUGAUGGUUAUCUGCAUUGAGCUUAAAAUCCCACUGUUUCUUGUUGGAAAACCAGGGAGCUCAAAAUCGCUUGCAAAAACUAUUGUUGCUGAUGCCAUGCAAGGUCAGGCAGCUCACACUAAUCUGUACAAAGAUCUUAAGCAAAUCCAUCUUGUAUCUUUUCAGUGCAGUCCUCAUUCAACUCCUGAAGGCAUCAUAGGAACCUUUAAACACUGUGCACGAUUCCAAGAAGGCAAAAAUUUGAAUGAGUAUGUUUCUGUAGUGGUGUUAGAUGAAAUAGGCCUGGCAGAGGAUUCUCCUAAAAUGCCUUUAAAAACUUUGCAUCCUUUGCUGGAAGAUGGUUCCAUUGAUGAUGACCCUUUGCCACACAAAAAAGUUGGAUUCAUUGGGAUUUCUAACUGGGCUCUAGAUCCUGCAAAAAUGAAUAGGGGUAUUUUUGUAUCUCGGGGAGACCCCAAUAAAAAUGAAUUAAUUGAAAGUGCAAGGGGAAUCUGUUCAUCUAAUAAAUUAGUUCUUGGAAAGCUUGACACCUUUUUCUCUGACUUUGCACAAGCUUACAAAGAUGUUUGUAAAACACAGAAGAAGCAACAAAAGGAAUUCUUUGGGUUGCGUGACUUCUACAGUCUGAUCAAAAUGAUAUUUGCUUUUACUAAUCAUUCUCAAAAGGAGCCAACAAUGGAUGAAAUAGCUCGGGCUGUUUUGAGGAAUUUCAGUGGAAAGGAUGAGUUGAAUGCCUUGGCCCUUUUUAUUAAAAACAAAGAAGGAACGAAAUAUAGUGAGGAAAUUAAUACUAUUGACUUGGUGAUGGAAAACAUUACAAGUUAUAGUGAUGACAGUGAAUGCCGGUAUCUACUUAUAUUGACUAAAAAUUAUGCAGCCUUACAGAUACUACAACAGGCCUUUUUUAAAGGGAACCAACACGCUGAAAUCAUUUUUGGGUCCAGUUUUCCAAAAGAUCAAGAAUAUACUCAAAUCUGUAGAAAUAUCAAUCGAAUUAAGAUUUGUAUGGAAACAGGGCAAAUGGUCAUCCUCCUGAACCUCCAAAAUCUAUAUGAAAGCCUCUAUGAUGCUUUGAACCAGUACUAUGUUUAUCUAGCAGGUCAAAAAUAUGUUGAUUUAGGACUUGGAACACAUCGAGUGAAAUGCAGAGUACAUCCUGCCUUUAGAUUGAUAGUCAUAGAAGAAAAGGAAGUGGUGUAUAAAGACUUUCCAAUUCCACUGAUCAACAGACUUGAGAAACAUUAUAUGGAUAUUAACACUGUACUAACAGCAGAGCAAAAAGCCAUUGUUCGUGAAUUAGAGAUCUGGAUCAAAAAUUUUACUACAGCCAAUAAAGAGAAAGAUAAAUACACUCCAUCAGAUGUCUUUAUUGGUUAUCACUCAGACACCUGUGCAUCAGUCGUUUUGCAAGUAACAGAAACGUUUAAAGAAGAUCCAACAUUUGAAAAUAUAAUGGAAAUAACGAAGGUGGCAAAAUCUGUCCUAUUAAAUUGUGCCACACCCGAUUCUGUUAUUCGGCUGGGCAGCCAAGAUCUGGUUGACGAAUAUUUCAAGAGGCAGAAUCACAACUCUCUAAUGGACUUUGUCUGUCAUCACAUACGUUCAGAAUGUCAACAUCGUACAGUUUUUACAGAGAUCACUACAUUUUCACGCCUUUUGACUUCUGCUGACAAGAAGAUAUUAAAGGAAGAGCUACAUGAAGAUGUUGAUUUAAUUGAAGUGUUGUCACUACAGCAGUUUGACACGGAAUAUGCUUUCCUGAAAAAAAUCAGGAGUUUUCUUGAACAUUCAGCAAGAAAUAAAAUUCUUAUUGUACAGACUGAUUUUGAAGAAGGCUCUCAAGGAGCUCAUCUUGUUGCAUCAGCUAAGUACUCCGCUGUUAAUGAAAUUAACAAGGUGAAUCCUGAACAGGCUUCUGCAUUUGUUUAUUUUAUAACAAAGCUUCCUAGAAUACAAGGUGGGACAUCUUAUGUUGGCUUCCAAGGAGGUUUGUGGAAGUCUGUACAUAUAGAUGACUUGAGAAAAUCCAAGGAUAUGGUUUCGGACAUAACUGCACUUCAGAACCUGACAAUUAGCCAGUUGUUCUGUGAUCAAGUAAAUUUUAUUGAAACAGAAGUAAGCCAAGCAAGACCCAGAGAAAGCAAACCAAGCACUGCAAAAACAGAAGAAGAGAUAGAAGUGCUUGAGAUGGAAAUUGACGCAGACGACAAUAAUGUUACAGCCAAUGUAGAAAGUGGAGUGACCCCCGCAAACAUUCCAGAUAUCGAUAUGGAGAAUGAAAGUGAAAAUGAGAUGGAAACUGAAACGCCAGAAAGGAAACACGUUACAACAGUGGAAGAUGUACUAGAUACCACUAUUCUUAUCCGUAGCUGCAUACAGAAUGCUGUAGGUCUGCUUAGGGAUGAAGAAAACCUCCAAAGCCGCAGCACCAGAAGAAUUGAAAUAUUGAUAAAUAUGUUGAUUACAGAUAAUGAUAUAAAAGCUUCAUUCCUAAAAAUGUUAAAGGCUCGCCUAUAUGGCAUGCUGAAAAAUCAAGAGGAGAACCUAUAUAAUGCUAAAGAGUGGGUUGUGCGCGAAGCCUCAAAUCCAGAUGCCUUGCAGGAAGCUGGUACCUUCAGGCACACUUUAUGGAGACAUAUUCAAGUAGUUAUUACCCCAUUUUUGGCUCAUCUUCUUUCCAUUGUGGACACUGAUGCAAACCUGGAAAUUCUAGUGGACUCAGAUUCAAGUGACAUUGUGAAAGCUCUUUGGAUGUUUAUCUUCAGUGAUGAAAAACUUCUAAAUAUAUCUUAUAUCCUCAAAAAUAGCAGUUCCCGUACUGAUACAAUGUUAGUGAAGAACUACAUGAACUUGUCCAUUUGUCAGAGAAAUAGUAUUCCUUUCAGCUGGCGAAUUAAAGACUAUCUGGAAGAAAUUUGGGCUCAAGCACAGUGUAUUGAUAGUGCGGAAGGUCCAGAAAUGAAAUUUGUAAGCAUUUUCUCUCAAGCUCCUUUGGGAAAAUAUAUUUCCACAUGGCGAGACAGUGACUGUGAUGCUCUGCUAUUGUACUAUGAGCGAGACUUCAUACUUCUAACAAUGAAAAUAUCUUGUAUUACAGAGUUAGAGCUUAUGGUAUUUGCCCUGUCAUCCUGCAUCGAGGAACUUAGAAUAAGUAAACCUGAAGAACAGGUGACCCUUCCUUGGGUGCACCUUGGUUAUAAUAAGUUUCAACACAGGUUGCAAAAUUUUUCAAGGAUUGCAGCCAUUAAUCCUAUAGUUCUGGAUCAGCUUAUUGAAAAACUACCCGAGUUGCAAUCAACAAUGAGUAGACACCUGGUCCUUGAUAUUUAUGCCGCCAUGGCAUGCUUAGAAAUAUUACAAUCCACAGUUCUGAUUCCGAGCCCCCAGGCAUGGUUACAUCAAGUGAAAAAUCUUCAAAUACCAGUUGAUCUUAUCUGUUCCGAGAACUACUUGCAAGGCCACAGUACUAUGUGCCAACAGAUUAUUGAGGAGAUCAAGACUAUGUGGAAUUGCAUAUUUUCUAUGGCUUUAUUUAUAGAACAUGUGGUAACAGAAGAAAGUGUGCAGAACCCACAGAUGCAGGAAAUAUUACAAGAGAACACUAAUUUACUUGGAAGGUGUCUCCAGGAAUUUGCUGAUAUCAAGUCUCAGCGACCUUUCUCGGCAGUUAUUGAUGUUCUUCUGAAGUGCAGAGAAGAUGUUGGCAAAUCAAUGUUAAGAUACGGUGUACAAAUGUGUCCGGUUUGUCAAGAAGACCCUCAGGAGCCAGUCUGCCUUCCUUGUAACCAUGUGGUGUGUCAGUCCUGUAUCAAGCAGUGGCUACAAACUGGGCGCAAGACCUGUCCCGUGUGUAAUACUGAACUUCCUGAGAAUUUCAACAUUGUUGUUUCCGAGAGAACAGGGGACACCAUACAGAAAUAUGCAAAAUUUCGACAACAGUGCAAUGGGUUCUUCAUUGAUAUUAUAUGUACUUUUUGCUUCAAAGACAACACCCCUCCAGAUGAAGAUGUGAUUCUACAGUUGCUUUCUUUUGUCUUCAUAAAUAAAGAAUGUCUUCUCAAUGGUCCCAGGAAGUUCACCAAAUCUCUUUCACCAUUUGAUGACUCUGUAGACAAAAUCCCAGUUAUCCGGUCUGUAAUACUAAAGUUGCUCUUGAAAUACAGCUUUGAAGAUAUAAAAAUAUAUGUUCAAAAAUAUUUAUCAUCUGUGCAAGAAAGCCAUAUGCUUAGUAAAGAUGAUACUACAGAAGUAUAUAUGAUGUUUGUCAACUGCUUGGAGGACUCUAUGUAUGAACAAUUCCAAGUCGUUCAAAAUUGUGAUAAAAUCAACUACAUUAGAGAGCAAAGUUCUUUCUUGAAACACUUCUCGAAAAACAGCAAGAAAUAUGCAAAACACGAGUCUUCUAUUGAGUUCCUGCAAGCAAUAGCCAGGAUAAGGUUGGCACUGGACACAGCAGUAGAACAACUUGAUACACAUGAAAUACCUGAUAUAUCGAACUACUUAAAAAAUGUAAAGGAUUUUUGCACAAACUCUGCCAAUGACUGGUACCGAGUUUAUUUAAUCCGCAAAUUGGCAAAUCAGUAUGGUAUAGAACAUGUUCAAAAGCUUUUUGAAGAUGAGGAUUUCAGAUGGCUGUUUCCACCACAAAUUUUCCAAAAAAAGAAGUCUCAGGCCAGUCAAAUUGACCUGUUUUUAGUGUGUGGUAACAACUACAAAUUACUGAGAGAUGGAAUUGGCAAAGCAUUGCUUGAAAACAAAGAAGAAAGAAUUUCUGAAGCACAAAAGGAAUGUAAAUCUCAGGAUACGGAGCAGCCUGCUCAUCUGAUCCUUGCUGUGUUUAGGGAAGUAACAAUGUUUUAUGCAACUCAGGAUUACAUGAAUCCGGCUACAGUCGCAAGCCAUGAUCCUGUGAAGACCUUUAUUCAAAAUAUCAGCACUCUUCAGGAACAGACCACAAGACAGUUUUUGGAAUCACUGCUCAGUAACAACAGACCAAUACUGAAAGUUGGCCCACAAAUGUCAAGCUUCCACUACACAGUUAUAGGACUGGCCAUGCAUUUUGCUGCUGUUCUAUUGAAUGGGAAAAAUAAUCUCCUUGGGCCGCUUAAAAAUUUAGCAUUUUCUCCAGACAGAAUGCAGAAUUCCUACCUACCUACAAUGCCAGAGGACAUGCUGGCCCAUGCAAAAGACAUUCUUCACGGAGUUCGCUGGUAUGUUUGCCCCAACAAUCAUUAUUGUGCUAUUGGAGAGUGUGGACAGCCAAUGGAACUCAGCAGAUGCAUAGACUGUGGAGCUGCAGUCGGUGGUCAGAAUCAUGUUGCACAAGCCGGAUUUACUAUAAUUCAACAGGAAGUUGACCGAACACAGACUGGACAUGUUUUGGGAGCUCCUGAACGUCUUGGGUCAAGUGUAGCACCUGACCGAGAUGUUCCUGCACCAGCAUUUAUUUUGUUACGACUUCUGACUCACCUUUCAAUGAUACUUGGAGCGGAACACAAUCCACGGAGUUUAAUGGUUAUUUUAAAACCACAAGUACAAGAUCCUGGACGCUUCCUUUUGGGCCAUAUUGCAAAAGACUUGGAGCAUCUUAAGAAUACUCUUGGAAAGAGUGCAGAUGAGACGACAACAAUUGUACACUUGAUUCUUCGCAAUAUGCUAACAAAUACUAACCAACAACCUGGACAGUGGGCUGUACAUUUUGAUGAAACUUUGUCCUCAAAGCUGGGAAGAAAUGCUUGGGAAAAGCAUAUGGUUUCCUCAUUUAUUACUCCUGCACUCAAGAGUUUAGAUAAAGAUCUUUUGGAAGUAAACAACUUUAUAAGCAAAGAUGAGAGGAUCAGUUCUAAUCCAAUAGUGAAAAUUGUAUAUGGUGAUCCCCUGAUUAAUGGUGAUCCUAUGACAUUACCACGAGAGAGCGCUGUGCAAUGUUCCAAAAUAUGGAGCUGCAGGAAAAGAUUGUCCGUUGAAUAUUUACGACACAUCGCCCAGCAGAAGGAUGGGAAAGACUUUGUGCCAAUACUGUGGAAUUUCCUCGAGAGAGAAGGUGAAUUGCGAAUGGUGAAAUACUUACCAGAAAUUUUGAACCUUCAAAAAGACUUGGUUAAAAGGUUCCAGAAUCACAGGGACAUGGACAAGCAAACAAUAACUGAUUUCUUAAUGAGCAUACGUUCAGAUGGUGCCAGACAUAUUUUUGAAAGGCGAAUAAAGGCAUUUCUGCUCACUUGGAAUCAUCUAAGGAAUUCUCUCCAUGUUAAUGGGGAAAUAAAACUGCCAGAAGGUACGUGUGAUAAAAACAUAACAAUGGAAAGUGAUUUCAACAUGCUGCUACCUCGACGCCAAGGAUUAGGACUGUGUGCCACCGCCCUUGUCAACUACCUGAUAAAGCUUCACAAUGACUUUGUAUACCUUUUGGAAAAAUAUACAGAUGAUGAGCAAAAAUACUCCAUACGUGCAUCAGAGGUUAUGGACCUACAUGUGAUCGGCUACGAGGUGGAAAAAGAUCUGAUGCCCAUAAUUCUGUCCAAUUGUCAGUACAGUGUGAAAAGAGGGGAGACCUUGGAAGAAUUCGACCUAGAAAAGAUCCAGCGUCAAAUCACCAGUCGCUUUCUUCAAGGAAAACCUUUAAUCACUCUGAAUGGAUUGCCUACUUUCAUUCAUUCCCAGGAUCGAAACUAUGAGAAUUUAUUUAUAGAUGUGAAGAGAAGACUCGAGCAGGAGUCCCUGACAAAUUCAGCAAUAAAUAUGAUAAGCAGAGAUCUGAAUUCGUACAGUGAUGUUUGUGAGGCUCUUCACACUGUUGAGGUGACACUGGGAUUUCUAUCAAUGUCCGGUGGAGAUCCAGAACACAUGCUGACUACAUAUAUAGACAAUACUUUACAGAUGGCUGGACAGACCAGUGCACAUAUCCUUGAGGCACUGAAACAAUGUCACCUGAAACAUGGCAUCGCACUGUGGCAGCUCCUCAUUGCACUGAAGUCCGAACAUCUCCUACGUCUUAAAAGGGAUCCAUUUAAAGAAGUGGACAAAGCAUAUAAGCAGGAGCUAAACCUGCAGGGUCAGAAACUAUUGAAGCUGUUUUUGGAACACCGUGGAAUAAAUUUCUUCUUACUUGAACUGCAUGAGAUGAUAAUGUUAAAACUCAAAAAUCCACAAAGUGUUGAUGAAUUUAAACCUGUUUGGGCGUUAAGAGACACUUUGGGCCCUUUACUGGAUGGAAAAGAUACACCUUUCUUAGAACUGGACACUGAUUUCCCAGAACAAAUUACUUUAGCUCACUGUAUAGAGACCUGGAAAAUAGCAGCUGAAAUUAAGUGGAAACGACACGGAAAAUAAAAAAGAAUUCUACAUUACUGCCAGAACAAUUUUACAUGUGACCAUAUUUAUCAAAUAUUUGGAUUUAAUGCAGUGAUAAAUUAUAUAAUAUUAAAUCGUAACUGGAAAUUUAUUAAAAAAUAUUUGCCUUUCACCGUUAUUCUAAAAAAAAAAAUACAUGUAAAACUAUUGAUCAUAUACUACUAGUUAGUAGUUCUCCUGUACUCAAAAUGAAUUAAAAAAAAACAUCCCACUAAAAAAUUUUCACAUAUAAUAUAUUUACUGUUUUAUAAAAUUAUCAGUAUUAUAAAUCUAAAUAUGUAAAAAUCACAUGAACAAAAUUAUAUUUUGUUCUUUAGGAGAAGAAACCUUAGAAAUCUGGUAAUGUUUUCAAGAAUAGAUUCUGGCUCUGCCGCUGAUAAGGAGAAUAUAACACUCUGUAGCAUGUGCUAUGAUUGUUAUUUUGUGCAGAUGAAAAUACACUCCUUUUUUUGCUCAGGUAUUUGUGUUGGAAAUGUUGUAUUUAUUGAUGAAAACAUAUGUAAAACACAAUCAUGCUUUACCUAACUGACUUAAACACUUGUAUUCCAAAGCCAUUCUCAGACGGACCUUUACAAGAACUUAAGUAGAAUAAUAGAUUUAGAAUAUUUUCUAUUAGAGUAUGUAAAUUAAACUUUAACAUAGUUAAAACAACUAAUAAUGUGCCUCUUUAUAUGAAGAUAGAGCUACAAUUAUUUUUUUUAUUCUCACUUUGCAUUCUUGAUUAUGGUAGAGUUGAGCUCUACCACUGACCAUCAUUAAGUAGGUGAUUUUGAAAUUUAUAUUUUGUUUUAACAUUUCUGAUGCAAUAUUUAGGUGCUUUCCAAAUACUUAUUGUGCACAUAACAUACUCAAGACGUUGAAAGGGAUCUGACAUAUCAAACUAAGUUUAUUUUGCAACCAAAAUACUUUGGGACCAAAACCAAUCCAAAAGAGGCUGAGUUUAAGCAGGUACUACAAAAAAUAUACCAUGAAUUUAAAGGCACGUUGCACUGUAAACUGUUUUCCAUUUUGAUGUGUUCCCAAUUAUCCCUGCUGGUUUCCUAAUUUACCUUUAUUUUGUCUUCUGAAAUAGCUGUUUUUACCUCCUGAAUCCAUUACCUAUACUAAAAAUAUGAAUACUGCUAUAUUCUCUUCAGAAGAACUAUGUAAAUAUGAGGCAGCACCUGUAAUCAACCUCCCAGCUGGGGUGGGAAAGAUAGAUAUUACUCUAAGUAUUUACAUUUUCUGUGUGUAAAGACAAAGUUGCGAUAAUCAGCUCUGCUCGCCCUGUAAGCUCAUCUUAUUGAAAUGGGUUAUGGUUCAGUGCACAACAUCAGCUAUUUCAUAGAGAGAGAAAAACCUAAAGGAACGAUUUCCCAUACAUUGAAUACUCUGCAGCUGGGUUAACAAGUCGUUGGAAACACAUUUUACAAUUUUACAUUUUUAAUCAGUUUUACAGUGCAGCGUCCCUUUAAAUUUGCUUACAAUGUUGCUAAACCACUAUUUGGUUCAAGCCUUCACAAUAACAAUAAGUCAUAUUGAGAUGUCUGUCUUCCCUUUCAAAAGACAUUCUGCAAGCACAAUCCGUUUUACAGUGCCUCUAUGUUGAAAAGGUUUACAGAUAUAUUUUUCUCUAAAAUAUCCUUGUAUAUGAAGUAUACUCUGGAUUUAGUUCUUUGAAUUUUUGUUAAGAUUGCUGCUCUGGUUGUAUAUGGACCAAAGGAUGACUAAUUUGCCAUAGAUGAAGAAUAACUCGUUUACAUAUUACAAUGUAAAGCAUUGCCUAAACUGUUUGCUAUGCUAUGAUAUUUUAAAUAAAUAAUUACUCCAACUGAUAA